AUGAAGCCUUCAGUCUCCUUCACCUUUCUGGUGUCCGCACUCCUGCCUGCCACGGUGCCGUUUGUGACAGCUCAGAAAGUAGGCAGCAUCACGGAUGCCGUCACGCAACUUCCACCUUGCGCUGUCACCUGUAUCCUGUCAGCGAUCAGGGAAUCGUCCUGUGGUUUAACAAAUGCAACAUGCAUCUGCGCUGAUUCCCAGUUUGAGACCUCAACCGAGAACUGCAUCGUAGGAGCUUGCCCGAUUAAGGACACUCUACACGCAAAAAAUGUCUUCGAAACAACAUGCGGCAGACCAGUCAGAGACCAUAGUGCCGAGUACGCAAGGUUGACAUGGAUAUUGCUGGGACUCAUGAUCGUCACGGUCGCUGCACGCCUGAUAUACAAGUUCUUCUCUUCGGCCCAACUUGGAUGGGACGAUCUGUUCACCUUUCUCGCCUUUCUCGCCGUUCUCCCGUCAUUUAUCAUCAACCUUGCCGGACUCGUACCCGCGGGCCUCGGCAAGGAUAUCUGGACCCUCACGCCAGAUCAGAUUGAGCAUUUUGGCUUUUGGUUCUACUUGCUGGAGCCCAUGUACUUCAUCCAGAUGGGUCUGGUAAAGUCGGCAAUCUUGUUCUUUUACAUGCGCAUCUUCGACCGGGCUGGUCUCUCUCGUCUUUUGUGGGGUACAGUCAUAUUCAACACUGUCAAUACGUUCGUCUUCCUCAUCGUCGGCAUCUUUCAAUGCACCCCAAUCAACUACUACUGGAAGAGAUGGGACGGCACCCAAGGAGGCACAUGCAUCAACAUCAACGCUGUCCCCUGGGCGAACGCCAUUAUCAGUAUCGUUCUGGAUAUAUGGAUGCUCCUCUUGCCGUUAUCCAGGAUUCGGACUCUCAACCUACAUUGGUGGAAGAAGUUGGCCGUCGGAAUGAUGUUUUGCGUCGGAACUUUCGUGACCAUUGUGAGCGUCCUCCGGCUCCGCUCGCUCGUGAUGUUUGCAAAUUCCCUCAACCCAACUUGGGACCAGUAUGGCAUUGCAUUCUGGACAACCUUGGAAGUUCCAACCGGCAUCAUCUGCUGCUGUCUACCAGCUAUCCGCCUCAUUCUCAUCAAAUCCUUCCCCAAGCUGUUCGGCAUGCUCACAAAACGCUACGACUCCCACAAACACUCCGGGGAUCCGUCGAGUGGGAACAUCCAGAGCAAUCGCAUGUCCCACGCCUUUGAGCCCGAGGCCGAUGCCGACUCCUCGUCAACAACGGAGCUGCAAUCCGCAAUGCGGAACGGCAAGGGCAUCGUCUGUAGCAAGUCCUUCGCCCUCGAGACACAGGACUUGUCCCAUCUGUACGCCUUGCAAGACCUCGAGUCCGGAAGUGCCAAAAACAGCAUCGCGGCACAGAGCCACAGGUCAACCUCUAUUUCACAUAGCUCCAGUGCCACUUCAGACUACGCUGGCCCGGGGCGGAAGCAAUCUAGUCCUCCAAAGGACUAG